AUGGGAGAGACGAUCCAUGUUUCCAUCGCAAUUCAUGUGGUGUGUUCCAAUCCAAACCCUUACGAGGUGAAGAUUCUAAGCGACACCCCGGGCCAUGUCUACGUUGGCGGAGACAGAGGAACAGACGUAGGUGUGCUGACUCUGGUGGAAGGAUCUGCGUUGCCUGCUGGUGGACAAGGUGUGAUUUCUGUCCUUAUGGAUAGCCGGAUCGCAAGAACGUCCUCAGGCUCACUGGUUGAGAAGUUCUUGGGUGAUGGAGAGAUUCCUAUUUACAUGGAGCUGAAGUUCGACGUCGGUGUGAACAUCGCGAUUGGUUUGAUACAGUUUCCUCCGAUGUCUGCGUUGUUUGAUAAGAAAUGUGGGAUGUACAUCGGUGGCAUGUUUGAACGCUCUGCCAACAAGUUGGGGCCGUUGAUUUGUCGUGACACUUACGAGCAACUGGACCUGCCUCAUCUGGGGGCUAGCGCAGGCGGCAUGACCUUCUCUGGCACUCAUAUGGAUCCGGAAAGGAUCCAACUGGGUGAAAAGAUGAAGAAUGUUUGCAUCCUCGGUGCUGGAUCAUUGUCUUUCUUUUUUGGCUUCUUCUUGACGUACUCAUUUUGGCAGAACCCGUGGCAAAGCCUGUCCUUGCAACGGAGCACCAGCCGCAGCGUGUCCCGUGAGGGCUUGGCAUUGCGUGCGACGUUGUCUGAACGUGCACGUGGAUUGAGGAAGGGCAUGUUGCAUCGACUGGAUUUGGAUGGGAUGGAGAGGGGACAGAUUCUGGACAUGCUCUCCUGUGGCAUCUUCUCUCAUUGGAGCAGAGCUGACUCAACACAGCCACAUCUCGCACCCAGAAGUGUGUCACAAGUCAGCGAGGAAUUGACAGGUUUACAGCCUGGCUGGUGGCGUAAUAUGCGCAGUGGCAAUUGA